AUGUGGUACAACUCCAUGAACUCCCUCUUCACCGUCAACAACCACGUCUCCAUCUCCCUCCUAAGCGUCACCGUAACACCCAGCACCUUUCUCGCCGCCUUCACAAUCAGUCUCCUCGUCAUAUCCAUCUACCUCUCCUUCUACCUCGCCCCCAUCUCCGCCAUCACCGCUCCCAUCCGUCGCAUCUUUGCCCUUGUGAAACCUAAACGCAAGGCCUCCCCCUCCACGGCCCUACUACCCCUAGUCGCCGCAACAGGCCCUUACCUGCGCUACCUGCGCCGCCUGAGGGCAGCUCAGAAACCGCGCUCGUGCUCCGCUCCUCGCGCCGGACCAACCACUCCCACCAGCGCAGCAAAAAGGUCGAAAAAGAUGGUCGCUCCAGCCGUUCUAGAUCCUCUCGAUCACCUCGACGCCUCCCUGCAAGACUUCGAGCCGACGACCCCUCUCCGGUUCGGGUAUCCCUCCCAUCACUCUGGGUUCCGGUCCGAAGGGACAGAGGCGGAGGAGAGCGACGACCCGGAUUCAGCUUCCGCAGGUGGCUACAGUCCUCCGGCGUGGCGCCGCCUCGAGAACGGGGAUAGGUCGAAUGGGUUCUGGCGCAAGUCGGAUAACAUCUUGGGGCAUUUUCCGAACCACCGGCUGCAGAAUCAGCGGGUUAAUGGUAUGAUGACGCCUGGGUAUGAGAGCGCUGGGGAGGAGGAUGAGGUUGAGGAUGUUUUGGAGAGGGCUAUUAGGACGCGGUUACCGACGGGGAGCUUGUCGCCUGAGAAGGGGCUGUCGCCGGAACCGGAUAGGACGUUGAAGAUUGAUGAGAUGGUUAUGAAGAGUGUUUCUCCGGGCAUGCAAAUAGACACCCCCGACAAUUACAUCCGCUUCGCCCUCCGCGCCGAAGUCCAACACCGCACUGAACCAAUCGACGCAGCAAUAACCUUCGCCCGCACAACCCUCACCACCAUAACCCGCACCUGGACCUCCCUCGCCACCUCCGUCCUCGUCGCCUUCCUCUCCCUCGCGACCAUGCGCUCCCUCUUCCUCCAACCCGCUUCGCAAUCGCCCGUACCGGACCUCGUCAAGGUCGCCGGCCUCGCGCGCUCCUUCGAACCCUUGAUUUACUACUCUGAGAACGGGGUCGCGCAGGUCGGGGACUUACAGGCUACGAGUGUUGCUGUGUGGGAUUUGGGCGAGAGUGUGAGGAGUAGUAAUAUGACGAGUGCGGCUAUUAUUGUCAAGGAGCUGGAUGAGUUGAGUGAUAGUUUGAAGACGCUCGCGAUUGAACUUACCAAGUUUUUCGCCAAUGUCGAUGGAGACAUCGAUGGGUAUGGUCUCCCUUUUGCCCCGUCCUCCCUACCCUUCCGUCUUUACCCCUACCCAUUCCUCCCCCGACUAACAGAAAGAACAAAAAGAAUCCUCAUCGUAAUGGACUGGGCCCGCCGUGAACUCUCCCAACUCCGCACCCUCCCCACAGCCCCCUUCUCCUCCGCCCUCGACAACCUCUACUCGGCCCUCUCCCCAACCCACAUCCUCGAAACCCCCACCGGCGACCCAACGACCCUCUCGCGCGUCCUCACCUCCCUCUUCGGCCGCACAUCCACCCAGCGAACGCGCCAGACCCUCCAGCGCACAUUCACCGAAUUCCUCUCCGUGCUCGAAGAAUCCAUCAACUCCGAGCUGCAGGCCUCGUUGGCGCUCUUCGCCCUCUUCGAGGCCAUAGAUCAACAAUUCCUCAACCUGGCGCGCACCGUCGUCCGCGAAUCGACGCACCAGGACGAAGCCCACGCAGAUUUACUCUCGUCGCUAUGGACGCGUAUCUUGGGACCCAACGCAGCCGAGGUGGCCAAGUACGAACGGAACCGCCAGCUCCUGCGCAACGUGCGCGAGAAGACCGUGCGGAACAAGGGGAUCUUGCUGGAUCAUAAUAAUCGGUUACUGACGCUCAAGGCGAACUUGGAGUCGUUGAGGAGGAAGCUGGUUUCGCCGCUCGUGAGGAGCGUGAAUUCGAGUACGUUGACGGUCGAGGAGCAGAUUAGGGGGUUAGAGGAUGUUGGCGGGUAUUUGGAGGAUGUGAGGAGGAGGCAGAAGGGGAAGUUGAUGGAGAUGGUGUAUGGGGGGUCCGCGAUGAGGAGCAACCUUAUCGAUGAGAGGUCAUGA